AUGCAUUAAUGUGUUUUCUCCUAACACUGAUAUUGUAGAACUAUAAAAGUAGGUUAAGCCACUAAAGGCGAAGCACUUCAUAAAUCUCUCACUUCUUCAUUUUCUUUUUUCUGAAAGUAUACUCAUGGGAAGAAAAAACAUGGGGAGGGCUUCUAAACAUGUGGGUGUACUGUUGGCUGCUCUUAUGUUUGUCUUGGUCAUUGGAGUGGUUCAAUGUCGUAAGCUUGAGAAAGAAACAUUGUCAUCUGGUGGUGGUCUUGGAGGUGGGUUUGGUGGUGGAGGUGGUCUUGGAGGGGGCCAUGGUGGUGGUGUAGGACUUGGAGGAGGAUCUGGUGGAGGACUUGGUGGUGGAGGAGGUGUUGGAGGUGGAGGUGGUGCUGGAGGAGGAGCAGGAGCAGGAGGUGGAGCAGGGGGAGGAAUUGGUGGCGGAGCUGGAGGUGGUAAAGGUGGCGGUUUUGGAGGCGGAGUUGGUGGUGGAGGUGGUGCUGGAGGUGGAGUAGGCGGUGGUGCUGGUGCUGGAGGUGGUAAAGGUGGUGGCUUUGGAGGCGGAGUUGGUGGUGGAGGUGGUGCUGGAGGUGGAGCUGGAGUUGGUGGUGGUGCUGGUGGAGGAGUUGGUGGUGGUGCUGGAGGUGGUAAAGGUGGUGGCUUUGGAGGCGGAGUUGGUGGUGGAAGUGGUGCUGGAGGUGGAGUUGGUGGUGGUGCUGGUGCUGGUGGAGGAGUUGGUGGUGGAGGUGGUAAAGGUGGUGGUUUUGGAGGCGGAGCCGGUGGGGGAGGUGGUGCUGGUGGUGGAGUAGGCGGUGGUGCUGGUGGAGGAGUUGGUGGUGGCGCAGGAGGAGGUAAAGGUGGUGGCUUUGGAGGUGGUGCUGGUGGAGGUAAAGGUGGUGGUUUUGGAGGAGGAGUUGGUGGUGGAGGUGGAGCAGGAGGCGGAGUUGGUGGUGGCGCAGGAGGAGGUAAAGGUGGAGGCUUUGGAGGUGGUGCUGGUGGAGGUAAAGGUGGUGGUUUUGGAGGAGGAGUUGGUGGUGGAGGUGGAGCAGGGGGCGGUGCUGGUGGUGGAGGAGGAAUAGGCGGUGGUGCAGGAGGAGGAGCUGGUGGAGGUUUUGGAGGUGGUGGAGGAAUAGGAGGCGGUGCUGGCGGAGGUGGAGGUUUUGGUGGUGGUGCUGGUGGAGGAAUUGGUGGCGGGUUCUGAAGAAGUUCAAAGGCAUUUAGCUAGCAGGCAUAUAUAUAUAUAAUUAGCAAGGCAACUGUGAUAAAUCACACGUACGAGAGUGUUCUUAGCUUGGUCGUGGCAUGGGAUGGGAUAUUAAUACUGUUACCUUAUUAUAUAGCUUUUUAUUGUAAAAUAAAAGAAGAGCUUCUCAGUGGUUUCUUCCAUGCAAAAGAAAAAAAAUAUCAAAUAUAUUUUCUAGUUUAGUACUACUUAUGUAUGAGCUCUUUAUUAUUUUCCUUCAUAUAUAUAAAAUUUAACAAUAAA